AUGUCGCCGUAUCUGAGGAAAUCAAUGCGCACCGCCGUUUUCUUUAGACAAUUUUGUACACUAACGACAAUGGCGGCAGAGGAUAUGUUUCUAUAUUGGGGAUCUGGAAGUGUCCCUUGUUGGAAAGCUAUGCUUGCCCUCGAAGAAAAAGGCUUCAGUGGAUACAAAAACAAAAUGAUCUCUUUUGAUAAAAAAGAGGAGAAAAGUCCAGAAAUACUGAAAUUAAACCCCAGAAGACAGGUUCCAACAUUUACACACGGUACAAUCGUGGUGAACGAGUCCAGCGCCAUCUGCGAAUAUCUUGAGAGUACAUUUAAAGAGAAAGGGACACAACUCAUACCUACUGAUCCGAAUGAGCGGGCACUUGUUCUUCAGAGAAUGCAUGAGGCAGCUGCUAACCUGAUGCAGAAAAUGUUGUUGGAUUUUCUGUACGAAUUUUUCGACACCAAAGAAGAGGAUAUGGACCCGAACAUCUUGGCCAAAAAGACGGAGACCCUGAAAGAGGAGCUGGACAGAUGGGAUGGCUACCUGGGACAGACAGGGGCUUUUUUAGCUGGUCCUAAUUUCACCAUGGCGGACAUCUAUUUCUUCCCCUUCAUUGGUUUUGGCGUCCGCUUGGGUCUCAGUCUGGACAAAUUUCCAAAUUUAAAGGCCUACUACGAGAGAGCAUGCGCAAGACCCAGCGUCAAGGCUACCUGGCCUCCGCACUGGAAGGAAAACAAACCCUCUAUGACACCCCUGGCUGGACGUUUUUAAGGAUAGAGUGGAGAAAAUAUCCCAGAUCAGCGAUACAUAAUGUAGUAUAACUGUAUUGUGUCGUAGGCUUCACUGGUGCUUUAUAUAUAUUUAACUAGCCAUCCGCUUUUUUUUGUGUGUGUGUUAGACAGCUACAGAAGUUCUGCGAGUAACGUAACAUGUUGAUGUGUUCGAAGUCCGUGUUCAAUUUUCAGUGUUUAUCAAUUCAAACUUAUUUAAAACAAUGUAAAAACUAAAAUAAAAGAAUAUGAAUUAUUUUCCAUUUUAUAUUGGACCGAAAA